AUGCCGCCGAAGAGACCGGCGGCACCGUCGACACCGUCAAAGGCGAAAAAGGCAAAGCCGGCACAGACGUCGAUCGCCUCGUUCUUCAGUCCACCAGGCAAGGCCAAGCCGGCCGCCACUGCCGUUCGCGCGAAACGCGAGCCGAGCGUGGUCAGCAUCGCCGACUCCGACGACGAUGUGGUGCCGAUCGAUGCGGUGGACGUGGGAAAACAGGUCGACAGUGACGAAGUGCUCGCGCGCAAGCUCGCAGCGGAGUGGGCGAGCGAUCAGGCACCCAAUGGCAACGGCAAGGGCAAGGCGAGCGACGAGGCCGCAGCCGUGAAGAAGAAGCCCGUCGCUGCGCUGUUCGCCAAGAGGGAACCCAAGGCCGAGACACAUCCUACUCCUGAACCCAAGCCCAACGCCGAAGCCGGCCCCUCGCGCCCGACCAAGAUCAGCUCGGCGCGCGCCGAGCCCGUCGACCCCAUCGACUUUGACACCGACUCGCUCCUCUUCCGCCCGGAAGCCGUCGACGUGUCCAAGUGGCCUGGGGGUCGGCUGCCGUACAGUAUCCUCGUGGGCGCGUACGUGCAGGUGUCUCGCACGCGGUCACGCCUGCUCAUCGUGCGCGUGCUCACCAACUUCCUCCACCUCCUCGUCGCGCGCUGCCCGCAGGACCUCCUGGCCGCGCUGUACCUCCUCUCGAACCACCUGCGCCCUGCAUACGUCCCCUUCGAGCUCGGCGUCGGGUUUAUGGUCCUCUCCAAGGCGAUCAAGGAGGUGUCUGGGCUGCAGCCGCGCGACCUCAAGCGCUUGUGGGAGAAGCACGGCGACCCCGGAGAUGUGGCGUUCGAGGCCAAGUCGAAUCUCCGCACGCUGGUCGCGCCCGCCCCGCUCUCAGUCCGAGACGUGUAUGAUCGCGUCACGGGCCUCGCGAAGCUCAGGGGGCAACAGAGUGGAAAGCUCAAGGGUGACGUCGUGAGACGGCUCAUGGUGCAGGCCCGCGGGGAGGAAGUACGGUUUCUUGUGCGCACGCUUAUCGGGAACUUAAGGAUCGGCGCAGUGCGGUUGACGUUGCUCACGGCAUUUGCACGCGCAGCAGCAUUACACGAGAUGACGCCGGAGGACUUUGAAGGCAUUCUGCCACUACCCGAGAAGGGCAAGAAGCCUCCAGAUCCGGUACGCGAGCGGAUCGAAGCUCGCUGCGCAGAGGCGGUCCGCCUGGUUCGGAGGGUGUACGUCCGCCACCCAAACUACGAUGACCUGGUGAAGGGAAUCGAGCCUGGCCUCGACGGCCUGGAGCAGCGCGUGCCCGUCGCGGUGGGUGUGCCACUCUCGCCGAUGCUGGGCAGCAUCACGCGCUCCAUUGACGAAGUGUACACGCGCCUCGGGAGCCUUCCCUUCGCUGCUGAGGCUAAGCUCGACGGGCAGAGGCUGCAGAUGCAUAUCCGCGCCGACGGCCCGCAGGGGGACGACGACGGCGGGCGCUGGGUCGAGGGCGAUGGCGGGAUGGUGUGGGUCCGCUUGUUCAGCCGCCACCUCGAGGACAUGACGGAGAAGUAUCCCGACGUGUGCGCGCUGGGCUUGGCGCUUCUGUCACGGCCAUUGCCAAGCGGCAGGCCGGCCUUCCCGUCGUGGUCGUCCAACCCCACACCUACAGUCCAGGAGCUGCUCAACGCUGGCAAGGUCACAUCACUCAUCAUCGACGCGGAGAUCGUCGCGGUGGACAAGGACUCGGGGCAGCACCGUACCUUCCAAGAGCUCACAAAUCGGGCAAAGAAGGAUGUCAAGAUUGAGGACAUCAAGGUGGUUGUUGAGGUGUAUGCGUUUGAUCUGAUGCUGCUGAACGAUGUGCCUCUGCUCUCUGCACCGUUCUCUCACCGCCGCCACCUACUCCGCACGCUCAUCGAGCCAUUCGCCGACAAGUCCAACCCAAUGUUGGCGCGGUUUGCCCACAUUGCCAACGUCGACUCUGUGGACAUGAAGAGCCCUGCCGACCUGCGUACCUUCUUCGACGAAGUGGUAGAGCAGAAGGCUGAGGGUCUGAUGGUCAAGCUCCUCGAGUCGGGCGAGCAGGCCACAGCUGAGCCGAUUGAUAUCGACGCUGAGGAUGACGACCCGGAUGGAGAAGCUGAGGGCGAGGUUGCAGAGCCAGGUCGCAAGAAGCCCCUCCCAGCGACGUAUGAACCCGACCAACGGAGCAUGGGCUGGCUCAAGGUCAAGAAGGACUACCUCGAGGGUCUGGGUGACUCGCUCGACUUGGUUCCCAUCGGCGCGUGGUGGGGGCUCGGACGCAAGGCAGGGUGGUGGAGUCCCAUCCUGCUCGCCGCACGCAACCCCGAGUCUGGUGCGCUCGAAGCGGUGUGCAAGUGUAUCUCAGGCUUCAGCGAUGCGUUCUACAAGGCACUAUUGGUGCGAUACCCUCCAGAAGGCUCGCCCGACGUUUGCAGCAAGGGCUCGCCACUCGGCUUCGUCGAGACGGGCGGCCUAGUCCCCGACGUGUGGUUCGCACCGUCCGAAGUGUGGGAGAUCCGCGGGGCAGACAUUACGUUGUCGCCUGUAUACCCUGCCGGCGCGACAUUUAUCGGCGGCGAGCGCGGCCUGUCGAUCCGCUUCCCGCGCUUCAUCCGCGUCCGCGACGACAAGGGGGUGGACGAGGCGACGACGAGCGAGGAGUUUGCGGAGAUGUACCGGCGGCAGAUGGCGCGGCCUGGUGUGGUGCCGGCGAAGCGCGCCGCCGAGGGCGAGGCAGGGUCUGAUGUUGAGGGCGAGGUAGAUGUGGGUGGGUUCGACGAGGAGGCGUGAUGUGUGCUGUUGUUGUUGUAACUGUCCAUUCACGCCCGCCACACAUGCAUGACAUGGUCGUAGAACGAGCACGUCGCGACUACGCUCUCGUCGCCGUCGUCACGCCUACACCAGUCGGCGCCGUACCCGAGCGUCCCAG